AUGGUUCGCGUGUCUGUCCUCAAUGACUGCCUGAACAACAUUGUCAAUGCCGAGCGCCGUGGCAAGCGCCAGGUGCUCAUCCGCCCUUCCUCCAAAGUCGUUGUGAAGUUCCUGAGCGUCAUGCAGCGCCACGGUUACAUCGGUGAAUUCGAGAUCAUCGACGACCACCGCUCCGGCAAGAUCGUCGUCCAACUCAACGGCCGUCUCAACAAGACUGGUGUCAUCUCUCCCCGAUUCAACAUCCAGCACAAUCAGAUUGAGUCCUGGGUCAAUUUGUUGCUCCCUGCCAGAGGUUUCGGUAUCAUCAUCCUCACCACCUCUUCAGGCAUUCUCGACCACGAGGAGGCCCGUCGCAAGAACGUCGGAGGCAAGCUCCUCGGCUAUGUGUACUAA